AAUAGUCCCACGAAAUUUGAAUGCGCCCGGUUAUCAAAGUUCUGCAUACACUUAAGACGACUUUGUAACUCCAUUGCAUGAGAUGGUAUCCGAUUCUUUCGAUGUCCAGCUUCCCUGUGCUCUUGCGCUUCCUAUCGAGAUUCUCGAACGUUUCCUUGACCACUACGGCGGCAUGCUUAUACUAUAUCACCAUGAUCUCAAUGCAACAGGCGAUAGGUGUGGGUACUAUAAACCCCUGCGAAGCUGGGCUCUAACUUGCAAGGCUCUACUACCCCGAUGUAGAUAUAAUCUAUAUCGGUCGGUGCUGUUGUGGGGAAAGCAACAGCAUGACAAAUUCCUCAGGACCCUGGAGAAUAAUCCCUAUCUGGCUAAUUACAUUCGCGCACUCCACUUGUUCGGCAGUGCUAUAUCUCGACCGCCUUCAAUACUCAUAUAUCUCGCUGGGAAGCUACCCCAUGUCCGUGCCCUACAGCUAUCCAUAUGCCCCGGUAUCUUCGCCCACCAAUCUCUACAUAGGGCCUUGUCGUCGUUUUCCACAGUCACAAUGUUGAUCCUUGCCGUACGUAUUGGUGUUCCCGACGUACAGAGGCUUCUUCACACGUUAGCCCAUCUGCGAUAUCUCGAGCUUGCAGAUUCACCCAUGGAUUUUCCUAACAGCAACCCUCGUUGUAGGGCAUGCUCUCCACCCCGCUGCCAUUUGACUUCAUUCAUUGCUAGUCUCAGGCUUGACGCGCAAUCUGCCAUACCCAGCAUGGGUGUACGAAGAACGAUCAGGCCACCGAAUUCUGGUUGGUUCACACUCUAUCGUGCGUUACUGCGGACCCCGGAGUUCAUGUCCACUGUGAGACGGUUAUACAUUCAGGUCAUGAGUUGGGAAGGUCGGACUGAAACAAACGCAAAUAUAACUUCAUCGCUGCUUUCUACUGCCGGCGCUUCACUAGAGGAAGCCUUCAUAUAUUUUCACGAGCGCGAGAAUACCGGGUUAACGCACCUUAUCACCCUCCAGGAUAAUACCGAGCUUCGACGCCUUGGUCUAUUUCUGGACAACACGUUCGAUGAAGAGGUUGGCGGGCUCGUGCCUCUUCUCUCCACCGUAUCAUCGACUAUCCUCCAGGAGAUAGUGCUUUUUGGAUGGGACGGAUUCAGACGAGUGCAGAGUUCCACCUGGGCAUUACUCGAUGAGGCUCUUUGCGACAGUCGUUUUGAUACCCUUACCUCUAUCCAGGUGAUAGAGGAUGACGAAGAUCGAAACCUGAUUCCUCCUGCGAAAAGGUUGCCUCGAUGUGCUUCACGAGGUCUUAUCUCGAGCUCCUACGUAUCCAGUGCACUUGACUCCUUGGACCAUAGAUGGAUGAACUGGGCACCAGAAUACGAGCGGAUGUUGUUCGAAGACUGAUUAAACCAUGGUAUGGUACAAAUUCGGUUACUAGUCAUUCUAAACGCAGGAGCAAGAAUUUGACUUGUCAUUUCCAUCAAAAUACAUCCAGUUGCUUCACCUUUCGAUCAAGGAAGGGGCGCAGAAACAUGUCUGCAUCUGUUCAAACUACGGUAUAUGCGCGGAAGAACGAGGGUACCCUGAGUGUUCUUUAGAUGAUGUUUGUUACGUUUUCGAAACGACAGCGUAAAGGUGGCGAGUACGGCGUUGGGCGCACACCAUUCUACGAGAGGUGUCUAUACCUCGAGUAAACGUUCUCGGUUAAACCUCUAGAGAUGCGUCGACGCGACUGGGCACGUGUAUGUGAUGCGUGACAUCACACCGAUCGAUGAUUGGACGCGUUCACCGGGUCUGUCGUCGGCUUGCUAUUGGCUGUCUUUCUUUGCUCAUGCUAGUUUAACAUUUCAUCUUGCUGAGCUUUGCAUUUAUUAAGGUCACCACGUAGAAAUUCUUUCCAGUUGCGAAUCGCAUUGACUGCGACCUCCUCUCCCGAGCUCUUCAGUGCAAUCUUGCCGACAGAGACAUAAAUGGGACGAUACCUAUAUUACAUGGCUUAUCUUUGGUGCUGUCAGGUUGCUGCAUAGUUUUCCUUUGGAAUAUACUACUGAUAUAUAGUCGUUGCCG